AUGAGCAGACCUGCGGCACUCAGCACGUCUGUGCGAUCGUCUAAUGGCUUUCUUUCCUCCUCCCCUUUGGCACAACAGUCAAUCUUGAGGGAUCUGGCAGAUGCUGAAGAGGAGGGAGAGCCUGACGGCCGUGGAGUCGCCAUCGCGACGGGUGGAAGUGAACAUGCGGGCGGCCAUGAACAGCACUAUUCGAUGUCGGGCUCGUACCGAAGGACCUCCUACGUCGCUUCGGGGCCACGACCAUUCUUUCCUUCGGGUUCAGCGCCGGAUCCAAGGCGAGCAAACGAACAAGACCGAGAUGCCGCCCUCGCCGAAGAACGAAGCCUUCUACGCGACAACCAGUUGAUACCUCCCAAACACCCUCGGACCACGAGUAAUGUGUCAAACAAGCCUAGCGGUUUGAUGAAAAAGAACUUUGUCGGUGGAUUUGUGCCUAGGAAGGGUAGUGCCGAUGAGGAAACAGCUAUUGAGGAUGGGGGACCAGAUGAAAACACUUCCCUACUCGGCAAUCCUGCGGAACCUUAUGGAGGUGUCGAUACUCCUGAGAAUAUUGACAAGAGAUGGGAAGAGGCGGUUGCAUCGGGCAAGAUCAAGACAACAUGGCAAAGAGAAGCAGUUGUACUAGCACGCUACUCCCGUUCUCUGAUCUUGACAUUCCUGUUACAAUACUCUUUGACCGUUACUUCUGUUUUUACAGUCGGUCACAUUGGCAAGCUUGAAUUGGGGGCUGUCUCUCUGGCUUCCAUGAGUGCCAAUAUAACUGGCUAUGCUGUGUACCAAGGUUUAGCAACCAGUUUGGAUACUCUUUGCGCACAGGCUUACGGAAGCGGUAACCGGACUCUUGUUGGAUUGCAGCUGCAGCGUAUGGUCUAUUUCCUGUGGGUCAUCACUAUUCCGAUCGCCCUCAUCUGGACAUCCGGCCCGAGAAUCAUCGGCGCAAUCGUGCCAGACCCAGCGACUGCAAACUUAGCGGGACGGUACCUUCAGGUCCUUAUAUGCGGUGCUCCAGGUUAUGCUGCGUUUGAAGCAGGAAAGAGAUUUGUGCAGGCACAAGGAAGAUUUUCCGCAACGCUCAUUGUGCUCCUUGUAUGCGCGCCUCUCAAUGUAUUUUUACACUGGCUCUUUGUCUGGAAGUUGCAGUGGGGAUUCAUAGGAGCUCCCAUAGCCGUGGUGACCAUUGAGAACCUUAUGCCGCUGUGCCUGUUCCUUUACGUCCGUUUUGUUGGUGGGUCGGAGUGUUGGGGAGGAUUCACUCGUCUCGCCUUCAAGAACUGGAUGCCAAUGAUCAAGCUUGCUCUCCCUGGUCUUGUGAUGGUUCUGGCUGAGUAUUUGGCUUUCGAAAUCUUGACUCUCUCCGCAAGCUGGAUCUCGCCAACUCAUCUUGCGACACAAAGCGUCCUCAGCACGAUUUCGAGCAUCACUUACCAGAUCCCGUUCCCAAUCAGUAUUGCUGCGAGUACCCGUAUCGCAAAUCUUAUCGGCGCAACACUUUCGGACGCUGCUAAGGUCAAUGCCAAGGUCUCGUUGUAUGCUGCCUUGAUCGUCGGUAUCUUCAACAUGGUUUUGUUGAGUUCCACCAGAGAGUACAUUCCGAGGCUCUUUACCAAUGACGCCGAUGUUAUUGCGCUCACGGCGAAAACGCUUCCUUUGAAUGCUGCUUUCCAGCUCUUUGACUCAAUUGCUGCCCUCUGCAAUGGCAUUUUGCGUGGUCUCGGUCGACAAGAAAUCGGAGGUUAUGUGAAUUUAUUCGCUUACUAUAUCAUUGCUAUGCCCAUCUCUUUCGGAACCGGAUUCGGUCUACACUGGGAUCUCUACGGACUUUGGGCUGGACCUGCAAUUGCGCUCGGAAUCGUUGCUGCUGUUGAAGGUUGGUUUAUAUACACGACUAGCUGGGAGAAGGCUGUCGAAGAGGCUCAGGAGAGAAACUCUCAAGGAAAUGCCUAA